AUGGCCCCGGGAAAGGCCAGAGCCUCGAAGAAGGUCAAGGUGGCAGAUAAAACAAAACCCAGCAGAGAAGGUCGUAGUCCACCCGCGAAGAGUACUUGGCUGACAGUGGCCCAAACAGUGGGAUGUCUUAUGUCAUUUGUCGGAAACCACGAAGACAAGGGAGAAGAUGUCGACUAUUGGCGCGUACGCCUAGGAUGGGCUGGGGAUGAAGAGCUCCGUGAUGUCUACCACCGCUACGAGGCGGUUGGAGACCCCACACAGGCUGAAGUGAAUGAACAAGUGCCUCCUCUCCGAUUUGUUUGGGUGUUUGAGACUGGGGAAUGGGUCGACAAGGCAGCAAUGCUGCGAGAGAGGGCGCAGAAGGCGCAGAGGGAGGAGGAAGAACGGAAGGCAGCGUGCAUGGCAGCCAAUACAGAGGCAAAGACAGGCCGUGGGGGGCAUCGUCGAGCAAGAACUCAGCCCGUUGCCCCUGAUGCGGAUCCUGACGCUGGCCGUCAGGCCGCUGAAGGGACAAGCGCCGGAGCAGGGGAAGUGGAAGACGGUGCUAGCCACGGCUCUCCUCUUGAGCCUGAGGUAAAGAAGAGAGGGAGAAAACCGGCGGCAGCAAAGUCAGCUACCAAGUAG